CGUAGAUUUCUUGAUUCAUAAUAAAACAAACAUAUGCCAAUAAUAAUGCUGCAUUAUCAGGUAAAGUUGACUCGUCCAGUUGUAUAGAGAAAUGGGUCUAUUGUUGCUUAAGGGAAUUCUUUUAAUGAUAUCAGAUGCAGGUUUGUGUAGGUCUCUUCUGAAAUUUAUCUUUGAGUGUUUGAAAGUAUUUCAAAUCUUUCUCUGUUUUAUCAGGGUGGCAUCUUCUCAGAUGAUCUUGCAGUUUAGAUGGUUUCAUAGCGUCAUUGCCCAAAACUUUGUUGCAUAAAAGGCACAU